AUUCGAAAGGUCACUCGUUUUGGAUCCGCCGUGCGUCGAGAGGUUCCAUGGCGCUCUACUACGACUACAACGUGGACAUACCGACAAACGCGAGGCAGCUUUACUCGGCAUGGAGCGAGGUGGAGUCGGUCCUUGCUGUCGCGUUCGACAACCACGAAGUGCACUUCUUCAAUGACGAAGGAGAGCGCCUUCAGACUCCUGUUCACACACGAAAAGCAGACGUGACGUCGAUUGCGUGGCAGCCCCGUGGAGCAGUCCUCGCCGUGACAUGGAGCGACGGGAUGCUGUCCCUGUGGAUCCAGAAAGAAAAUGUCGCCAGAGAAGUCAACUCCCCUCACACGAGCCGCAUCAACUUGCUCAAGUGGGCGCCGAGUGGCAACAGAUUGAUCACGGGCGACGAGAACGGGGUGCUGGCCGUUUGGAAGAUCGACGCGAGAGGCCAAGUCGGUCUGUGCACGCAGUACACGCGGCAAGGGAGCUUGACGCAAUGCGUGUUUUGCGUUGUACCGCAGCGUCGAGACAAAGAAGUCAAGAGCGACAGUCAGUUUGCCACGACGGCAUGCCCGUCGUUCUUCUUUGGAGGGGACCUCGGCACCGUGCAUUAUGCUGACGACUUGGGGCACAUUUCUGAUGUCCAAACACUCAAUCACGCCAUCGACUGCAUGAUGUUUUACGAAGAGAAGCAUCGGUUGGUUGUCAUCACGCGCGCGUCCCAGCUCGUGCAGCUACAAAUCGCUUCCGACGGAACGGUCAAGCCCAUCAUGAAGGUGAAACUGAGUGUGUCUGGGGACGGUGGUUUGAAGGAAGCCAUUUGGGCAGGACCAGGUCUGUUGGCGACAGCAUCUGGCGAGCAGCUCCUUCGAUUUUGGGACUUGCAAAAGGAAGAAAACUAUGUGCUGAGCCUGGCAAACGGCGGCGCGGCUCCCAGCGACCGGGUGUCGGCUGUCGAUUUCAACCCGCGAAAACGCAUCUUGGCCGUGGGUACGAACGAAGGCAAGGUCGUGUUUUGGCGCGCCACGAGCUCCGCCCAGACCAAGUCGAGCCAGUGGUCGCUCGUCGCGGUCGCCGAUAUGCAUCAGAGCGUAUCCAAGAUCGGGUGGAACCCGCUGCACUCGUACUUGUACGCGCAUGCCCACGGCGCCGGCGUCACGGUAUUCCACGAAGCCAUCAUGAACCGAUCGCUCCACGACGACACGGCCGUGAUUCAAACGCGGCCCAUGUCGCUGUCGGUGGAAAAGCUCCAGGAUGGCACGGUGGUGCAGACCACGAUCGAGGCAUCGAUUCGCAUCAAGGGCGUCGCCCAUGACGGCAACUUGAUCCUGGUCUGGAACGGAUCCAAGGCCGAGGUGUACGAGCUUCAGAACGACGUCGACGCCAAGCGCCUGAGCAACUUCAAAUGCACGUCCAACGCGAUGCAACUCCGCGGCGACGUCAUCUACCGCACCAACGGCAACCACAUUGAAGUGACCAACACGAGCGGCGUGGUCAAGAACACGAUCUCGUUCACCGAAGCCGAGGGCCAGCCGAGCCUCAUGCACGUCAACAACAAGUACUUGACAGUUGGCACGGACGCUGGCCUCCUCCGCGUGUUUGAUCUCUCGAGGCGUGAGCCAAAAGCGUUUGGGAGUCUCGGCGACAUUUCGAAAGCAUUCGCCGGCAUGGACACCAAGUCGACGCUGCGGUCGCUGAGCGUCAAUUGCGACGGAACGCGCGUGAGUUUUCUCUUGGACACGGUCGAAGGAGCGCUCCGAGUGCGCACGCCCCACACCAAGCUGUACCUGUUCAACACGGACCUGAACGCGUUCCAGUCGUUCGAAUUCGGCCCGGCGCGCCAUCCGACGUCGCACUUUUGGGACCCCCAUGAAGCCCGACUCAUGGCGUGCGAGACAUUCCAGGACAAGUUGGACGAAGCCAAAGUCGUCGUCAGCGCCGGCGAGGCCGACGACAAGAACGCGCCGCCACAAGUCGACGCCACACGGCAUGCCGAGCGUGAAAUCACGAUUCUGUUUGCGUCCAACGAGCGCGGACUCCUCAUGCAGGACAACUUUGACCUGGAUGUCAAGUACUCGGCGCUGUUGGGCAUCCACGUCCCGCGCAUGUACCUGGCAUCGUCGCAAGAAUCGAUCAAGCGAGAGGCCAAGGACAGCGCGGACAACGCGCCGGUCGCGCUUCUUCGGACGAAAAUCAUGCAAGACUUUGUCGGCCUCGACAAGGUCGACGGUCCGACGAGGCAAGCGCUGAUUGAUUUCUCGUACUACAUCACGAUCGGCAACAUGGACGAAGCGUAUCGGUCCGUCAAGUUGAUCCAGAAUGCGUCGGUGUGGGAGAAUAUGGCCAACACAUGCGUCAAGACCAAGCGGCUCGACGUGGCCGAGGUAUGCCUUGGGAACAUGGGCCAUGCGCGCGGCGCGGCGGCUGUCCACGUGGCCAAACUCGAAAACCGUGAAAUCGAAGCGCCGAUCGCCAUGGUCGCGAUUCAACUUGGUCUUCUCGACGACGCGGCUCGGCUGUACAAGGAGUGCAGCCGAUUCGACUUGCUCAACAAGCUGUACCAGGCCGCAGGGUACUGGACCAAAGCGAUCGAAGUCGCCACCAAGCGCGACCGGAUCCACCUCAAGACGACGCAUUUUGCGUAUGCAAAACACCUUGAAGACGAAGGGAACCUGAAAGAAGCGAUUCGCCAGUACGAAUUGGCCGGAACCGCCGCCAAGGACGUCCCGCGCAUGCUCUUUAGUCGGGGAAAACUCGACAUGCUCAGCAACUACGCCACCAAGUCGGAGGACCCGCGCCUCCUCCUCUGGUGGGCGCAGUACCAAGAGAGCAACCAAGAGUUCGACGCUGCCAUCGAGUCGUACCGCCGUGCCAAGGAUUACCUGUCCCUCGUCCGCGUGUUGUGCCACAAAAAAGACUUUGACCAGGCUGCGCAGGUCGUCGUCGCAAAAAACAACAAGGCGGCCGCGUACCAUCUCGCGCGGCAAUACGAAGCCAACGACAACAUCGCGGGCGCGAUUCAGUUUUACGCGGCGAGCGGGUCGUACAACCACGCGAUUCGGCUCUCUCGCGAAUUCAACUUGGACGGCGACCUGAUGAACUAUGCUCUCCUGAGCAAGCCUGGCCCCAUGCUCGAGUGCGCCCAGUACUUUGAAGGCAAGCGCGAAUUUGAAAAGGCGGUCGUGCUAUACCACAAAGGCGGCCACGUGGCCAAGGCGCUCGAGCUUUGCUUUCACGCCAACUUGUUUGACGAGCUCCAAACGAUUGCAGACGAGCUCGGGGCGGGUACCAACACGUCGCCGAUCGUACUCGCGAAAUGCGCCGACUUCUUUGCCAAGAAUGGCCAGCAUGCCAAGGCCGUGCCGCUCUUAAUCCGCGCCAACCGCCUCGCGGACGCGCUGGACAUGUGCGUCCAGAACAAGGUGAAAAUCACCGAAGACAUGGCGGACCAGUUGACGCCGCCGAAACCAGCCGACGACGCCGACAAGGCCGCAGUCAAACGGCGCGUGGAUGUCCUGAUGAAGCUGGCCAAGUGCUGCAAGCACCAAGGAUCGUUCCACUUGGCCACAAAGAAAUACACGCAAGCGGGGGCCAAGCUCAAAGCAAUGAAGUGCCUCCUCAAGUCGGGCGACACGGAAAAAGUCAUGUUCUUCGCCAACGUGUCGCGCAAUAACGAGAUCUUCGUCCUGGCAGCCAACUACCUCCAAAACCUGGACUGGCGCCACGACCCCGAGAUCUCCAAGAACGUGGUCGGGUUCCAUACCAAGGCAAAGGCAUUCGAUCAGUUGGCUCGGUUCUACGAUUCGUGCGCGCAAGUCGAGAUCGACGACUACAAAGACUACGCCAAGGCGAAGCAGUUGCUGGAAGACGCGAUGAAGGUCGCAAGCAAGUCGACAGGGCCUGGCAAGGACAAAACGGUCGCUGGGUUUGAGCACCGCAUUGCCGCCAUCGACACGUUUCUCCAUGCGAAAUCGAUGGCCACGUCCGACCCGGCCGAGAUGGUCCAGAUCCUGCACCACCUGCUCGAGGACGCCGACAUUGACUCGGCCAUUCGAAGUGGAGACGCGUUUGCGCUGCUGGUCACGCACGCGUGCGACCGCAACGACUACCAACACGCAGGCGAGCUCGUUCACGCCAUGCGCCAGCGCAACAUCUCGGUCAAGGCGUUCAUCCACCAAAAAAUGCUCGACGACAUUCAAGCCAAAGCCGACACGAUGACGCCCGAACGAACGAGCGACGCGCGGCCCAAAACGACCUCCGACGCCAAGGACGGCGGCGACGACGACGAGUUGCAAGAAGACAUUGAAGAAGAAGACGACGGAAUUCGUUCCCGAAAGUAGACAACAGCAUCGUCUUGUCGAUAAGCCUCGCGGCAUCACCAUGCAUUGCAUCCUUCUC